UUGUUUUGGGGAGAAAUUACGAUAUUUUGGCCAGUUUUGAGGCCAGGCAACAAUACAUCGUGCGAUUGGAAGAACGACAUGGAUGCGAAGAAUGGCUCUGCGCACGCGCAGUGCGAGAGGAGUGGAAUCGUGGCUCCGUUAGCAUCCAGAGCUAUCGGAGCGGUUGGGAAACACGGAGUGGAGGACGGCGUCCUGCGCACUGUAGGCAGAAAGAUACUGGCGUCUGUAAAUACCCCCAGCUAAUCCCUCGAGCUAACAAUUAUCCCUCCAUGCGGUCCUGGGAAGGAAGAUAACGGUAACGUUAAUAACCCCGCACUGCCACUUAAAUUAGCAGCCGUGCGCGACAGAUAAGGAAGGCGGCGUUUCGCGUGCAGAAGCUUCCCUUUCAGGUAAAAACCCCCUCUUCUCUUUUAAACAUUAAGAACAAAGCUGCAGUGUGGAGCGACGUUGCGUCCCGUAGGCAUGAGGCUGCCCAGCAACAGACAGUGUGCGGCGGAGGGAGAUGGGAAGAAGAUGGACCAAGCUCCUCCAUUCAGGAACCCUUUUGUGCACGUCCUGCAAUUCACCCCCCUGGAAAAAGCAAAGAUUGCAUUAAUGACAGUCACGUUGUUUCCCGUCCGUCUACUCAUAGCUGCAUUCAUGAUGCUGCUGGCUUGGCCUUUUGCCUUCCUGGCCUCAGUUGGACGCUCAGAGACAGUGGUUGAACCCCAGUGCCUGUGGAGGAGACUGGUGGACAUAAUUCUGAAGAUCAUCAUGCGGGUCAUGUGGUUUGCAGGAGGCUUUCAUUGGAUAACUGUGAAAGGGCAACGGGCACUACCUGCAGAAGCACCUAUCCUUACCCUGGCACCCCACUCUUCCUACUUUGAUGCCAUGCCAGUCACCAUGACGAUGGCCUCCAUUGUGAUGAAGGCAGAGAGCAAGGAUAUACCCGUUUGGGGCACUCUGAUCAAGUACAUCAGGCCUGUGUUUGUGUCACGGUCAGACCAGGACUCCAGAAAGAAGACGGUGGAGGAAAUCAAACGCAGAGCACACUCUGGAGGGGAAUGGCCUCAGAUAAUGAUUUUUCCAGAGGGGACGUGCACCAAUAGAUCAUGUCUAAUCACAUUUAAGCCAGGGGCCUUCAUUCCUGCCGUACCAGUGCAACCUGUGGUGAUUCGCUACCCCAAUAAACUGGACACAAUAACAUGGACGUGGCAAGGGCCCGGAGCGUUUGAAAUCCUGUGGUUGACGCUCUGCCAGUUGCACAACGAGUUUGUUAUUGAGUUCCUUCCGAUCUACACCCCUUCAGAGGAGGAGAAAAAGAACCCCGCUCUCUUUGCAAUCAAUGUGAGACGCGUCAUGGCCAAGGCCCUCGGGGUUCCCAUCACAGACUAUUCAUUUGAAGACUGCCAGCUGGCCAUGGCAGAAGGCCAGCUCAAACUGCCAGUCGACACCUGUCUGCUGGAGUUUGCCAAACUCGUCAGGAGGCUGGGGCUGAAACCUCGGAACACUGAGAAGGUUCUUCAGGAGUACGGGAACCGAGCCAGGAAGCUGGAGGGGCAGAAGCUGGACUUGGACAAAUUCGCUCACUUUCUUGACGUGCCAGUAUCAGACAUGCUGCGAGACAUGUUCGCUCUUUUUGACGAGCACGAAGAUGGCUCCAUGGAUAUCAGAGAAUAUGUGAUAGCCUUAUCUGUUGUAUGCAGACCUGCCAAAACUCUCCAAACGAUGAAAUUGGCCUUCAAGAUGUUCGAGGCAGAGGAGGACGGGGCCAUCACAGAGAUGGAGUUGGCAGUUAUACUGAAGACAGCUUUGGGAGUGACUCACCUCGGCGUGUCACAUCUGUUUACCGCCAUGGAUGCUGAAGACACGGGGAAGAUCACAUUUGAAAGGUUCAGGCGCUUCGCGGAGCAGCACCCGGACUUUGCGGAGGAGUACCUGUACACGGAAAACGCCGGGCUCCACAACGCUCCCAGCCGCCGCCAGCAGCCGUCGCCCAGCCCGUCUUCCCUCAACCUGCAAUCCACUGCCAAAACGGCGAACGGCAUCUGCGCCGACUUCAGCCCCAGUGACCACGAUGGCACAAUAGAUAAGAAACACAACUAAAAGGCUUGGUGGGAGAAAACGCCUCUCCUGGUGAGACGGUGUUGUGUGAGGGGCAAACAGUUAUCAGAUGCCUGUUAGUAACUUGUUUAAAACAUAAGGGACUACAUUUAAGAAAUGUUUACCAAACCCCUUUUUUAUUCGUAUUUUGUCCAUGAACUUUCCGGAGGUUAUUUUUCAGCUUGGUAACAGUUUAUUUUGUUAUAACUUCCUUUUUUUAAUAAUUUUUUUCACUGCUAAGAUCGUCAUGCCAAACAAUGGCUUUUUCCAAUCGAGUGCUUGAAUAAUUAAAAGAGAAGCACUUAUUAAAAAAAAAAAAAACAGGGCAGAUGAUGUUUUUGGUUUUUUUUAAUUUUCCCUCCAACGUUGGACUGAAUGCAUGUUUUUGAUAAGAGGGGAAACGAGAAGGAACACGUCGCCCUGAUCAGCAGGCGAACAUAUUCACGUGAAAUCAAUGUUUGGGGCUCUCUCCUUAUUUUUUAACGGUUUUCUCUCUAAUUGUAGCUGCCUUUGACCUGAAAGUGCAGAAUGCAUGAGCUCAUGUUAUUUUGAGCAGGGGAUUAUUUAUCUACAGAAGGAAGACCUGAGAGAACUGGUGACAAUUGUUAGACCACUUGAAGCGUUUCGCUUUAGUAGCCACAUUUGAGGUGAACUCAGGUCUUUGCAAGUUCAUGUUCAUUAUUAUAUGAGCCUGGGAUAUAUAUAGAUAUAUAUACAUAUAUUUAAAUAUAUACAAUGAUAUUUGAUUUAGCUCAGGGUUCAGUGACAAAAAUGAAAAAUUAAACUAUGAUGUCAUUUUUGACACUCGCUGGGUUGUAUGCAUGUCGUUUUCUUACUUCAUAGCUUUCUGCCCAGUCAUUCACAUUAGUGUCAACAGUUAUUCAGGUUGGCAGGUGGUUGCUUUUUGUUUUAGACACAACGUGGACCAAAAAUGCACUAGGUAAUUUAACGCCACCUCUCGUGUUUGUUCUGUCCUCUUCACUCCGUGGUGCGAUGGCUUUAAGGGACAGAAUCACAAUGUGUGACCCGGUUUGGAGUCGUUUUUGGGCUUUCCAUGGGCCAGAGUCUACCACUUCCCUUUCUGCAUAGCACCACUAUACGCUUUGAAUCAUUCCUCCACCUUUCAUGGCACAUUACUCCUGUUCCACUUUGCUUUCAGACGUUUGACCUUUAAUCAGCUGCACAUGUGACCGUCACCCUAAUAUUCUGAUGUGCAUGUUUUAUUAUAUGAACAGAGGCAUGUUUUUAAAAAUCCAAGCAGCUUUUGCAUUUAAUCACGUCCAAGUCUAGACUUAGAAAGCUGUCCAGCUGUUGUAUUGUACCUUGUUUUAGGGGUUUUGGAGGUUAAAAUUUGCCCAAACAUCUGAUGAAAAGCCUCUGUAUCUCUAAUUAUAGACGACAUGGAAGUACAUUUCUAGAUAGAACUAAAAUGAAGGAAUAUUCACUUAAAAAUGUUGGCAUUGUUUCAACAGUCCAUUAGUAUUAUUGAUUUUGAAUUAAUGACAUUUUAUCCAGUAUUAAGUUUGUUGUUUUCUCCUAAUCAAAAAUUAGAAGUGACCCUUUAUGACGUCUAUGUUUUUCUUUCUCUUUAUGGCACAAUGAUGCUCUUGCAAUCAUUUUUUUGUACAACUGAUCAACACCUGGCUGGAUUCUUUUGAUCUCUGUGACCUAACAAACACAAAUGUGAGUAGCCUUGUCUGCAUAAUGUCAUUAGUGUAGGUGAGCAUUUAAAGGGAAAACAGCUACAGAGCAGAAUGGAAUCAUUUCUGAUCUGUUAGUAGACAAUUUAACUUGUGUAUGUAUUGCAUUGUUUUUUUAUAUUCUAUAUUCAUUCUGUCAGCAAGCUUCACAUCCUUCUCAUGUUCAUGUCCAUACUGUACAUGCAUCCCUGUUACGGCUUUGAGUGAAGCAAUAUUCCACAUCUUUUAAGCCUUCUCAAGAUUUAUGCUUACAAAGAGUUCUGAUAUGUAUUUUGAAUAUUCCAAAUGCAGGUCAUUUUGUGAAUUUUUGAUAUACGUACAUGAAUGAUUUUUAUUUUCACUGCCACGACAGAGAUCUGUGAUCCUCUCUCCUCUGCAGAUUGUAUUACUAGUGAAAAAUGAGCCAGUUUAUUUCUUUGUAUAAAACUGCAGUAGUUUGUUUUUUCUCUGUAUUCCUCCUACACAGUGUAAAGUUUAUUAUAUUAUUGUUACCACUGAGUUGAGUGCUUAGAAACAAAAUGCAGAUUUCAUAUGGAAACCGAUAGCCUUGAAUCUAGAGAAUUUUUAUGCUAAAGAAGAGAAUGUAUAGACAAUCUUGUCACAAUCAGAAGCUACUGAAAACUGAUCUUGUGGACAUUUUUUUAAAUGGAAUUAUGGUUUUCAAAUGUAAACUACUUCUCCUGUCUCUCGCACAUGUGUUUGACGCGUGCAGGUUGAACUAAGCAAAGCGCGAGCGUGAAGUGUCGGGCCUCGAGGUGAUCUCUGCCGCCACAUGACGGGCCACGUCACGCCAACGCUCCAGACUGUACGCACAGAUAAACCAACAUUUAAUAUGAUCGCUAGUGCUGCCCCUUUACUGUCUGUUUGAUUUGUCUGUUUGUGCUCGCACUUUAGAUUAUUUUUUAUUUAAAGAAACAUAAUUUUGCUGUAAAACAUGUACAAGUUUGUAACACCUAUGUUUUUUUUUUUGUUUUUGUUUUUUUUUUGUCUGGAUUAGGAUUACAAGUAUUAAUUAUUAUUUGAGGGAACAUGAAACAAACUGUCCCUUGCCCGUCAUUCGUUUUUGUUCUUAGAAUUGGUUUUAAACCUACUUUUCUGCUUUGUCUCAGAUUGGUGAAAAUCUGUAGCUUAAAUGUGACUUUUAAAGCUUGUAGGACAUCAGCGUACUAGAUGACUAGACUAGAACUUGAUUGCACAGUAAAAUGGACUAGUAUUACUAUUGUACUCCAAAGUAAUGUGACUUUACAACAGGUGGCUAACUGUAAGUGUGGCCCUGUACAGUAUAUGUGAGGGAAACCUUACUGCUGAGGUGUAAAUAGGUGGAGUGACUUAGGACUGAUAGAAAGCUGAGUAAGAUACUAGUACUGAGCCAUAUCAACCCCUCAUGCUGUAUUGAUUUGUGUCUUUCUAAUAGACAUUUGCAUUUUUGAAGUCUAAAGGAUGAUGUACUUCAUCAGCAAGCCAAAGGUUUGCAAAUGUACAUAAUUCUGCAUCGGCUCCAUUUAAAAUUACUGGGUGCAUUCGUUUUCAUGUGAUUCACAUGACGUCAGAAACCUUGGUAAAGGUGAAUCUCAUGUUCCUAAACUCGUACCUAUGCUACUGCUGCCUGCGUAUCCCAGUUUGUCCAGCAGUGAGCUUAAGAUGAAAGACUCGUGUGCUCAGUGGCGCAGUAUCGUCUUUCUGAUGGCUCACUCUCUGCGGAACCACCAAACUGAACUCUGUAGCUUUACUUCCUGUCUUUUUUUUCUAUACUCAGCAAGUCUUAUUUUGGUAAUGCAUUUUGAUGAAGAGUCAUUACUGCAAGCGACGUUGAACUUGUCUGUUCAGGACUGCUAUGAUAUAACUUGUUAAUGUGACUCUUGGGUUGAAUUAAAACAGAAACCUUAACACA